AUGACUCUCACCCUUCUAGUCCAAGCCACACCCCUGGCAUGCCGUCCCAAUUGGUCACGGCUGGCACCCCUUAUGGGUCUAGACUACCAUUCCGAGUUUGAUCCUGAGAUUGCCCUCAUAAAACUUCAAGGAAAGAGGCUAAUGUUUGUAGGUGAUUCACUACAGAAAAAUCAAUGGCAAUCUUUUGUGUGCUUGGUGGAAUCUAUAAUCCCGGAAGACCAGAAGUCGAUGAAAAAAAUAAGUCGUGGGCAUUCUGUCUUUAAAGCCGAGGAAUACAACGCCAGCAUUGAGUUCUACUGGGCACCAUUCUUGGUGGAAUCUAACACUGAUUUUCAUAUCAAAUUCAAUCCAAAUCAGAAAAUCGUUAAGGUGGACUCAAUUACACAACGUGCCCAAAAUUGGCUUGGAGUUGAUAUCCUUGUUUUCAAUACUUAUGUUUGGUGGAUGGGCCGACUCAAGAUCAACACACUAUGGGGUGAAUUUCAAAAUGGAGAGGAAGGCUAUGAAGAAUUAGACACACCAGUUUCUUACAAACUAGCUUUGCGGACAUGGGCAAAUUGGAUUGAUUCCACAAUUGAUUCCAAUAAAACGCGUAUUUUUUUCACCACCAUGUCUCCUAGCCACGAAAGAAAUAAAGAUUGGGGCAACAUAAAUGGGAUCAUGUGCUACAAUGAGACAAGACCAGUAAUGAAGAAGGGACACUGGGGAUUUGGUUCAAACAAAGAGAUGAUGAAAGUAGUGGCAAGUGUGAUCAAAAGAAUGAAAGUUCAUGUUACUGUACUGAAUAUCACACAAUUAUCUGAGUACAGAAUUGACGCUCAUUCAUCAAUUUAUGGUGAAUCAUAUGGCAAAUUAUUGACUAAUGAACAGAAAACUGAUCCUUUGCGUUUUGCGGAUUGUAUACAUUGGUGCUUGCCUGGAGUUCCUGAUACAUGGAAUCGAUUACUUUAUGCGUAUCUAUAGCCACAAAUAAAAAAGAAAAAAGAGGUCGAAUAGUUCAUGUCUCAUUCAUAUUAUUAUUAACUUAUGUGCUAUGUGUAGCGGCUGGUGAAUCCUACCCGAUAUCAGAAUUGGAUUAAAUAUUUAUCGGUUUCCGAGAAUGGUUUUAAUGGCGAUUGGUCUCCUCUUCUCCGGAUGUCUAAUGGUUUGGGAGAUAUUUUAUAUGGUUAUUUUGUUGUAUUUUGAAUGAAUCAAAAUGGUAAAGCAAAAUGUCAUUACCAUAUGUGAAUUGUA